GUUUACAGCACAAAAAGUCACUCAAUUUUCGCGGUUAAAUAUUAAAUACGCCAUUUUAUUUCUACCUGUCAACUCACUUGUAAAAAUUCUCUAAAUUACAAGUUGUAUUUACAAUUAAUUAAAGUAGUUAAAUUAUUAAAUAGUUUAUAGUUGUGCUACUCAAAAUGUCAGAAGAAAAUAAUACCACCCUCAAUGAAACUGUGGAAGAUCCUGAGCAGAGUAUAGUUACCCUUGGUGAAGUUUUACAGAGUGAACAAGAAAUGAUUGAUGAUGUCAAUGCUGUUCUAGGAGCAAUUGAUGAUAAAAAGUGCACUUAUUCUGAGGGUUACAUGAAAAGACAAGCCUUGUACUCCUGCUUGACCUGCAUUCCUGAAGCCAAAUCUGAUAUCACGAAGGCAGCCGGUGUUUGCCUUGGUUGCUGCUUUCAUUGUCACGAGGGCCACGAGCUCGUCGAGUUGUACACCAAGCGAAACUUUCGCUGCGACUGCGGUAAUACCAAAUUUGCCAAUAAAUCCUGUAAAUUAGAAACGACCAAAACUGAUGCCAACGAAUUUAACGAGUACAACCAGAAUUUCUGCGGCACGUACUGUAGCUGUAAUCGACCGUAUCCUGAUCCCGAGGAUUCUGUAGAAGACGAGAUGAUCCAGUGCAUCCUGUGCGAAGAUUGGUAUCAUACGCGUCAUUUGGGUGUCGAAUUUCCUCGCAAUGUUUCUUAUGCGGAAAUGUGCUGUGAGUCUUGCAUUAAACAGCAUCCGUUUUUGUUGUACUACGGUGCACUGUGUGUGAAAGCAGCGGAUCCAAAUGCAGAAGCAGAGAGUAAAGAGGAUGAAAAAGAUGAUAAUGAAGUGGAUGUCGCCCAAACUGAUGAGAAAACUGAUAAAGAGACUUGUACCAAACCUAAAGAUAAGUCUGGGUUGGUAACCACCAAGUUUUGGACCGACAUAGAAUGGCGCAAGCAGCUCUGCACCUGUCCCGAAUGUAUCCAAAUAUACGAGGAGGAGAAGGUAAUGUUCCUAUUAGAUCCACAAGACACAGUUCACGUGUACGAAGAGAAAGGUAAAGCCAAAGCUCGCGAGUUUGAGGAAAAACAACAGGAAAACGGCAUGAAAUUUUUGAACUCGCUAAGCAGAGUACCAUUAAUGGAAGCACUUGCUGGAUACAACGAUAUGAAGCAACACCUGAUUGAGUAUUUGAAGAAAUUUGCCGAAAAUAAAAAGGUGGUACGUGAAGAAGAUAUACACGAGUUUUUCUCAAAUUAUGAUGCGAAAAAGAAACAGAAGAGUGAAGUUCCCCAUUUCUGUGGUUAGCUUUUACUACAAUUAUUAACUUAUGAACCAGGAUGUAUUUUAAUGUUUUUCAGUUUUAGUUUUCAUUUUUUAUAAAAUACAUAAGUUAAUAAUAGAGAAUUUUAAAUUAAUUUUUAAUUAUGUAAAAGUCUUCUUCAAACUAUCUACCAUCUAUUAAAUUUGAGUUAUAAAAAC